AGGGCGAUAUAUAGAGAGAUGGAAUGGAGAAAAUGUUAUCUGGAUGUCAUCCUUGUUCCACUAGGCUUCUUCAUAACCAUUGCUUAUCAUGUCUGGCUAUGGCACAAGGUUCGCACUCAACCUCUCACCACCAUCAUCGGCACAAAUGCUAGAGGCCGCCGUUUCUGGGUCUCCGCCAUGAUGAAGGACAACGACAAGAAGAACAUCCUUGCGGUCCAGUCGCUUAGGAACACAAUCAUGGGAUCAACCUUGAUGGCCACGACGUCGAUCCUCCUUUGCUCGGGGCUGGCAGCCGUCAUAAGCAGCACCUACAGCGUGAAGAAGCCGCUAAACGACACCGUUUAUGGGGCCCAUGGGGAAUUCAUGGUGGCAUUGAAAUACGUGACGCUGCUCACCAUCUUCCUCUUCGCAUUUUUCUGCCACUCUCUGUCCAUUAGAUUCAUCAACCAGGUGAAUAUCCUCAUCAACACUCCACAGGACGCCUCGUCGAUAGUGACGCCGGAGUACGUUUACGAGCUCUUGGAGAAGGGUUUCCUGCUGAAUACAGUGGGAAACAGGCUCUUCCAUAUUGGGCUUCCUCUUCUGCUGUGGAUUUUUGGUCCUGUGUUGGUGUUCUUGUGUUCUGUAACAAUGGUGCCAGUGCUUUACAAUCUUGACUUUGUUUUUGGGAGUGGGAAGGGCAAAAAUGAGAAUCAUGACAAUGACUUUGUAUGAAUAUAGCGUGAAAAAAAAAAAAAAAAGGAAAAAAAGAAAUGGGAAUUUCGAAUGUUGUUAUUGUGUAUGUGAUAUGUCCAUUUGGCCCGCCUGAAGACAACUUUUGUCUGAGAUUUGUGGUUUUUCUACUUUGCUUAUAUUAUAGGGUUGCUUUUGUGGUAAAGAAAUUGCUAUAAUUUGCCAUGCAAGAAAGGUAAGUCUAGAAAAGAUGGAAACCACAAUAGAUUGUCAUUUAUAUA